GCAUGUUGGAUCCGACCUGGAUCUGUGCAGAUCAAUUAUCAUCGGCGGUUUGACGAUACUUACACAUUUUGGGUAUCGCUGCAGUGUAUAACAUCACUGAAAUUCGUUCGACGAGAUGGGAUCGGUACGAGAGCAAGUCGCCAUCGCGUUGCUAAUCAUCGUCGGUAUAUGCCAUGCCGCACGAUUAGACAAUAUUUACCUCCCGCCUGGUAGUGCCGGAAGUGCAGGUGGACCAGGAUUGAUUCAUCCUCCAGGAUCUGGUGUAGGUGUUCCCAUUAAACAUAGUGGCCCAGUUGGUGCUGGUGGUCCAAGUGGGCCAGGUGGUCCAGGUGGUCCAGGUGGUCUAGGUGGUCCAGGUCACGGUGGUCCUGGUGCACCAGGCAGAUUGGGUCUCGGGGGUGAUAGCGGUAUUUAUCAAAGUGGUGGCAGAUUGAGUGAUGGUGAGCAUGGCGGUCAAGAGAUACCCAUCAUUUCGUACAAUAAUGAGAAUGCCGGUGAUGGAAAUUAUGAGUUUAGUUAUGAAACCGGAAAUGGUAUCACCGUGCAAGAAACUGGUCAUCAACAAGGAGAAUUGGAGUCAGUGAGCGGAUCUUUUUCUUAUACCGGACCCGAUGGUGUGCAAUAUUCCAUCACUUACACAGCAGACGAAAAUGGCUUCCACCCUCAAGGUGCCCAUUUGCCGACUCCGCCUCCGAUUCCGCCAGAAAUUCAACGAGGCGUUGAACUGUCGCUUGCCGCCGAAGCCAGGGGAGAGAAUCAGGAUGGAGGAUAUUCGCAGGGAGGAACCGCCGGACAUCCCAGCGGAGGAGGCGGUCAUGGUAGCCAUGGUGGCGUGUAUCAGGGACCGAAUUCGUAUCAGCCAAGUCCGGGUGGAUAUCAAUAUUGAAUAGCGAAUUCGCGAAUCACACAUCAACAUAUAUAUCAUACGCAGACAUAAAUUUUUCAUAUUAUUCCGUUUCGAAUUAUCUACAUAAAAAUGUCACACGGAGAUCUUUUUAUUUAUAUAAAAUGUGUAUUUUAUUCAUGAAAAGCCUGCAAUCUAAUUCUAAUUCUUUUUUGUUUAAGUCUUUUUGUACAAGUACAAUGGUGUUCAACUUCUUUUAUAAAUAUUGUCAUUGCAAUUUUAAGACAUUAUAUAUGCAUCAAGUGUACAUGUGUGUAAUGUGAUUGUAUAAUUAAUACUUAGCAAUAUAUACCUGCGAUAUAUACCAUACAUUCUUCCUGUAUACGCUUUUUUAUAUACACAGAUUACAUAUUAAUUUCGAUGUUUUUAUAUGUUAUUAUUCUUUGAAUAAAUGAAACACAGUGUACUAAUACUGUAAAAUAUGUAAAUUUUUCUA